AUGAAGAAGUUGUGUAUUCCGAGGACUGCAGUGUUAUGUUGCAGGCAUGCUUUGAUCUCCAUUGUGAAUUGUAAUCUGAAAGACUUGACGCUUUUUUCCUGUUUGCAGGGCCUGCUCACAUCCUAUAGGUCCCCGACAUUUCGCGCAGCGUUUCCCUUCGGCCAUGGUUUGACUUUCACAAGCUUCGAGUAUUCAGGACCGCAUCGUCUCGACAAGGACUGUGGCGCGGCAGUGUGUGUGGCAGUCCUGGUCAAGAACGUGGGGCAGCGGUCCGGUGAGGAGCUUGUCCAGGCCUACGUUCAUUUCGCUGACCCUGUUGGUGGAGAUGAGCCCUGGCUAACUUGCUCUGCGCAUGCACAACUAGUGAUCUGA